AUGUGGUCAUCAUUUUCAGAAAAAGCUAGUAGAGGGCUAACAGAUGCAUUGGAAAAAGGCACCCAGGUAUUUAACCAAGCAGAAAAGCACACUUCAAAGCGUUUGGUGGAAGCAUUGGAAAAGACCAGGCCAACACAAGCGUCUACCGAAGAGACUUCCGGGUCCAAAGAAGUUGACCAAUCUAGCAAAGGUGAUCCAAUUGCAUCCGGGCUGAAAGUUCCUGGCGUCGACCAAGAAAAGGUGCUGAAGAAUCUACAUAUGGGCUGGACUUCAAUCACACAACGUACUGCAGAAGCGACCAAGGACAUAAAGGACCUAGUCGACACCGAACGGGCUCGUUUAGAGGAAAACUUCGCCUUACGAAAGAAGGGGUUUCACAAAAGAGAUCCAUCCCUUCCGUUGGAUAGAGCAGCACUCUCAGAUGCUGAAGUGACCUACGUGACAGAUCGCAUUAUCAUAAUGAGCCAUCCUGCAAUGCAAUCAAAGGACUUUCCCAUGAUUACUGCGGAGCGGAAGCUAGCUGCAGUGGGUCACAUGCUUGCACGAAGGCAUGAUGGACGGUUCUUGGUUUAUAACCUCAGCGAAGUAGAUUAUGAGACUUCUGUUCUGGAUGACCAGGUUCUCACUUUUUCGUUUCCUGGCUCGCCCGCCCCACCACUUGGCCUUUUAUUGAAGCUCCUGAUAGCGCUAGAGAAUUGGAUGAAAGCAGACGACCGUAAUGUUGCAGUUGUUCACUGUUUGACAGGGAAAGGACGAAGUUCUAUGGUCGUUGCAUCCUUUUUAUGCUGGAUGGGUGAAGCUGGUUUUGGAAACAUAAACGAAGCCAUUGAUUACAUUGCGAAAUGCAAGGGUAUUGAGCCAAUGAUGUUGACAAUUCCAUCACAAAGGCGAUAUGCUGGAUACUUCAAGAAUGUAUUGGACGGAGUGAAGCCAUCUCAGCCCCCUCUGUUGCUGAAGCGAAUUAUCAUGAGCGAAGCCCCCAGAUUUGCGAAGGCACCGACCACAACCGAAAGACUAUCAAAUCCAAAAGGUCCACCAAAAAAUUCUCGAGAUGACGACGAAAGUCAAAUGGGAUGCGCGCCUUAUUUGCAAAUAUUCAAAGCUGGAAAACUCAUUUACACAACUGCAGCUACAGUGAAACCUGAUCAGCAGCUUGAAGAUCUUCCGUUCGUAACAGUGUCUGAUGGCGCCGUGCCGUUCAAUGAAAUCAACCUAACUUUGAGCGGGGAUAUUCUCAUUCGCGCUCGACACCUCACAUCUGACAAUAGGCGUUUAUCGAUGUUCAGUUGUUUCUUUCUAGCGGCUUUUCAUUCCGGCUACGCUCCGUCUUCAAACGUUUUGAGAUUAUCGAAGGAAGCACUAGAUGGCGCUUGUAGUGAUCCAAGAUACCCUGACGAUUUUUUUGUAGACUUGAUUUUUGAGAAAGUGGACGCAGAGACUGCAACAAAACACAUUGAGGAGCAACAAGAUGGAGAUCUCGUCGCCGAUUGCGAUGCGCAAGACGAGACAGACGGAGAGAACAGCCCUGUUGUCAAAGCUACCGCGUUUGAUGUGAUGUUGAGCGGCGAUUCUCGGGUUUGGGAAGUAAUAUCGAACAGAAAGAAGCGACAGGUGAAGCAAAUGGGCAAUUGUCCUCCAACUAGAGGUCCAACUGUUGGAAGACGGCGCAAAGAGAUCAAAGAAGUGGAGAGCCAAGACGAUGCGUGCAAAGGCAAAGCAGGGGAAGGUGCAGAACAACCUCAAUUUAGUAUCGGAAGUGGUUUCGAAUUGCCUUCAGAGGAUUCAAUAGCGAUACCUUCGUCACCUGUAAAAGAUUCGCUGAUGGAAGCACUGAACGCUUUGGACAAUGACGAAAACGUUGAAAAGACAGAUGAAACUGAAGAAAUAGUAUUUUACUCAGGCUCUUAUAUGGUGGAAGAUGAAAUCUCUUCCGAGGUGCAAAAAGCACCAAGCUCAAACAAGGAAGAGUCAACAAGUGGCAAUGAAAACCCAGUAGCGGCAACUUUUGGGCAUGACAUGCUUGAAGAUAUUGACAACGAUGACCUCGCAGACAUGGACGCCCUUUUAGCAUCGGUAGAAGAUGGUAUCGAAGGCGUCGACCUGGAAGACUUUGAUGACAACGAUGAUUUGGGCCUCAAUGACUUCGAGAAUAUGCUCAAUUCCUAA